CACAGAUCACAUCGAUCAAAAACUCCCUAAGCCUCGCGCGCAAAAAAAAAAAAAAAAAUGGCGGAGCUACAGAUGAUCAAACUCCACACCAACAAUUACUCCACCACGCCCAUGAUCCCCUGCCGCCGCCGCCGUACCAGCACCGUUUCGCUUCUCCGGCAGCCGCGCUUCCCACAAGAUUCUUCCUCACAGUACCGUGUUGGGUUUCCCCGUUCCUCCGUUAAGUACGACGGCGCCGUCAGCCGAAGGGGACGGAGCGUGGGCGGGUUGACGGUUCGGGCGUUCGACUCAGCGCCGUCAAGUACGACCGAGACGGAAGUCGUGGUGGUGGAGCAGCCGGUGGAAGAGAACGGCACCGUCGCGAGGUUUAGGAAGGUGGCGGCGGCGGAGGAGUAUACUACCGCCGACGUGGCAGCUUUUGAAUUGAGGAAGGACGGUGGGUUCUGGGACAACGUCCUUCUCCAGCUCCGGCUGAUGAUCGCGCCGCCGUGGCAGCGGGUCCAAAACGGCAGCGUUUUGUCCAUCCACUUGGCCGGCGAGAUAUCGGAUGUGAAAGGGAAGUUCUUCUCGCCUGCUUUCACACUGCCGCAAAUCUGCGAGAAUUUCGCGAAAGCUGCGAAUGAUCCGCGGAUUGCGGGGAUUUAUCUCAGGAUCAGCUCCUUGGGUUGUGGAUGGGGGAAAGUGGAUGAAAUCCGUCGCCAUAUAGUGGAUUUCCGGAAAACAGGGAAAUUUGUGGUGACGUACUUGUAUUCCUUCCAGGAGAAGGAGUACUACCUUGGGUGCGCCUCGGACGAGCUAUAUGCACCUCAACUUGCUCCCUUCGGCUUAUAUGGCUUCGCUCUUUCCGCAUCCUUUUACAGAGGUAUACUGGAGAAAAUGGGGAUGGAACCGCAGUGGGUUCGGUUCGGGAAGUACAAAAAGGCAGGGGACCAAAUGGCUCGCAAGACUAUCGCCGAACCACAUCUCGAAGUCUUGAAUAAAUUGCUGGAUGACAGAUACGACUACUGGAUGGACGUUGUUUCUUCUUCCACGGGGAAGAGGAGGGACGAGGUGGAGAAAUUUGUUAAUGAAGGGGUCUACGAUAUGGAUAGGUUGAAGGAGGCAGGGCUGCUCACUGACGUGCUUUACGAAGACGAGGUCAUGUCACGAUUGAAAGCGAAAGUUGGACUCCAAAAGGAUCAAGUUCUGCCAAUGGUUGAUUACAGGAAAUAUUCGGGAGUUAUGAACUGGACUCUGGGCUUAAACGGCGGGAAAGACGAAAUCGCCGUGAUCCGAGCAUGUGGAUGCAUUGCCGUGACAUCGAGUUUCGCCAAUUUCCCCGGCGACGGCGUCACUGCGGCCCGCGUGAUUGAACAAAUCCGCAUUGUCAGAGAGUCAAAAAAGUAUAAAGGCCUGGUCCUGAGAAUCGACAGCGCUGGCGGGGAUUGCCUCGGAUCCGAUCAAGUUUGGAGGGAGCUUCGACUUUUAGCGACGGAAAAACCCGUGGUAGCGUCACUCUCCGACAUCGCAGCUAGCGGCGGUUACUACAUCGCGAUGGCAGCGAACGCCAUCGUCACUGAAAAGUUGACACUAGCCGUCUCCAUUGGUGUUCUUCAAGGGAAAAUGAGCUUUGCGGAAUUGCAAAAGAGAAUUGGGUACAGCAAUCACGUUGUAUCAAAGGGCAAAUACGCUGAGUACCAUACAGCCGGCCAUCGAGCUUUGAGGCCGGAGGAAAAGCAACUUUUGGAGGACAUCACUAAGCAUUGGUACAAAAUAUUUCGCGAGAAGGCAGCAAUUUCUCGUUCCAUGAGUAUUGAAGAGAUGGAGAAGGUAGCACAGGGGAGGAUCUACCAUGGUUCCCAUGCCGUUGAGGUCGGUCUGGUCGAUGCGGUUGGCGGGAUGGCUCGAGCCAUCGCCAUCGCCAAACACAAGGCUAAUAUCCCACAAGACAGGCCGGUGAGGGUUGUGGAGCUAACCAAACCGAAUUCCGGGCUGACCGAGUGGAUCACUGCGCUGGGGACGGUCAUGGCCGGUUUGGGCGGCACCGCGGGAGCGGUUUCCGAGAGCCCGAAAUUCGGGCACCAUGGGGUUGAAGCUCGGGUGGAUAUGUCGAUGUUGAAUGGGCUGGAUGGAGGAGGAAGAGUUUCAGAGUUCAACCCGAUUUUCACUAUCAUGAAGUCUUUCCUCAAGCUCGGUCUUGGAAGCAUAUGAACAAAUUGAAUGGUGUGGAACUGUUUGAAGUUUAGCCAUUUAAUUGGUUGCUAAUAAUCCAGUUUGUACUCGGAGAGCCUGGAACUAGCUAGCUAGCUAGAACGGGUGUAUGUUCAAAUAAACAUGACUUUGUUUGUUUUUUGAUGAAAAAAAAACUAUUUUUUUAUUUACUAGUUUAUUCCAUCAUAUAUGUGUUAGGAGAUUCGCUGUUUCGUGAAGUUAAAAAUGAGGAUUUCGUGAUUUAAAGCCCCAAAAGUUUACUAAGUAUUUGUGGUCAAGUUUGAGAUUUAGAACUUAGAUUUCAAAAUUAUCUUACUACCCUUUUCUGUUUGUUUGUCAUGUUUAUAAGAUGUACACAAACAAAGACAAGACCAAUAAGCAUAAUGUUUCCACCAGGACAACCAUAAUAAACAGGGAAAUUUUGUUUAA